CAGGGCAUCUCGUCGACCGAGGCUCUCUCAGCUCAGCCGACUCGAUUAUCACUGCCAGGUGCAACGGCGAUCCUCCGAGAUCUGGCAGCAGCCUGGGGAUUCGAGCUCGAGUUCGGGGGAUGGGACGAAGUCGGCGAGCUUGGGGAGGAUUAAUAUGAUUAGGGUUGCAGGCGGAGGAGGAGAUGGGUUUGGGUCGAAGGCAGGGUGCUGGGGUGGAUCCAAUUUGGGGACUGAGUUCCCGACGCCGAAGGAGAUUGUUAAGGGUUUGGACAAGUUUGUUAUUGGGCAGGAGCGAGCAAAGAAGAUAUUGUCCGUGGCAGUCUACAACCACUACAAAAGGAUCUAUCAUGAUUCCUUGACCAGGUCUGCAGGAGAUUCACAAAAUGGUGAAGCUAAUGUAAAUGAUGCUGAUGCAGUGGAGCUUGAAAAAAGCAAUGUUCUAUUAAUGGGCCCAACAGGCUCAGGGAAAACAUUACUGGCAAAAACCUUGGCGCGUUUUGUGAAUGUUCCCUUUGUUAUUGCUGAUGCAACGACUCUCACUCAGGCUGGAUAUGUCGGCGAAGAUGUGGAGUCUAUAUUAUACAAACUUCUAAUGGCUGCUGACUUUAAUGUGGCAGCUGCUGAACAGGGCAUUGUAUAUAUUGAUGAAGUGGAUAAAAUUACCAAAAAGGCUGAGGGCCUCAAUAUUAGUAGAGAUGUGUCUGGUGAAGGUGUGCAGCAAGCAUUGUUGAAAAUGCUGGAAGGAACUGUUGUCAAUGUGCCAGAGAAAGGAGCUCGCAAGCAUCCGCGAGGAGACAAUAUCCAGAUUGACACCAAAGAUAUCCUCUUUAUAUGUGGGGGUGCCUUUAUUGACUUAGAAAAGACCAUCUCAGAGAGGCGGCAAGAUUCUUCCAUUGGUUUUGGAGCACCUGUGCGUGCAAGUAUGAGGAACAGUGGCCUAACAAGUGCUGCUAUAACUUCAUCUUUAUUAGAGACGGUUGAAAGUGGUGACCUCAUUGCAUAUGGUCUAAUACCAGAAUUUAUUGGGAGGUUUCCAAUACUUGUUAGCUUGUCUGCUCUCAAUGAGGAUCAACUUGUUCAGAUUCUUACAGAACCCAAAAACGCACUUGGAAAACAGUACAAAAAGUUGUUUUGUAUGAAUGAUGUCAAACUACAUUUUACUGAAAAGUCCUUGUGGUUAAUUGCAAAGAAAGCUAUGGGUAAAAAUACAGGUGCUCGAGGUCUGCGAUCCAUAUUAGAGAAUAUUUUGACAGAAGCAAUGUAUGAGAUUCCUGAUGUGAGGACAGGUAAGGAAAAGAUAGAUGCUGUUGUGGUAGAUGAGGAGUCUGUUGGAUCUGUAGAUUCCUGUGGAUCCGGGGCUAAAAUUCUUUACGGGGAAGGGGCAAUGGAAGACUACCUUUCUCAAUGUCAAGAAAAAGAUUCUGUGACGACCCUCGAAAGAUCCGAGGGAGAAUCUGAGGUGGAACAGGAGCUUCCUUCUAGAGCUGUCAGCAUGUAAACCUUCUGACAAGAAAUGUCAAUCCUGUACAUAAGUAAGUUCAUGUUUACAUAGUCCUGUAAUGCAGUUCUAAUUGGCUGCCCAUCCAAUAUCGCAACAUUUAUUCCCAUAUUUAAUGAAGUAUACUUCAGAUUUCAUAACAA